CUGGUUAAAUGAAACGGAGAGGAGGAGCCGCCUUCAGUGGCCUCAGAGGAAACUUUUCUGUCAGUUUUGAGAGUGACAACAACGUAAGGCGCAGCUCGCAGUCUCGGAGCAUCGCUUUACAAACCAAAAACCGCAGAGUAAACACCUUAACCGUGUGAAUUACUCGUGUUUUCAUCAACAACUGGGCUGGAUUAUGGAGUUUUAAUUCUGUGCGUAAAAGGCGCAUUUGGACACAAUGGGUUUGCCCCAUGCUGGAGAAUGUGCAUUACUGGAAAGUGUCACUACUUCGGAAGUGAGAGGGGAGCUUUUGCUUAGUGUGAAUCAGUGAAAAAAGUCGCAGCAGGUAUGAACAACACGGCGGCAGCGGGGAGAUUUCAACCGCCCACCAUCCCGGCGAUUAUGUUCAUUUUCGGGGUGGUGGGGAACGUCAUCGCGAUUGUGGUUCUGCGGAUAUCACGAAAGGAACAAAAAGAAACGACUUUUUACACGCUUGUGUGUGGCCUGGCUGUGACAGACCUCCUGGGCACCCUGCUCGCCAGUCCUGUCACCAUCGCCACAUACAUGAAGGGCGCGUGGCCGGGAGGUGCGCCGCUGUGCCAGUACUCCGGCUUCAUCCUGCUCUUCUUCUUCUUGGUCCAGCUCAGCAUUGUGUUUGCAAUGUCAGUGGAGAGAUACUUGGCAAUAAACCAUGCGUAUUUCUACAACGAGUACGUCAACCAGAAACUCGCCGCGUUGACUCUUUUGGCCAUUUAUAUUUCCAACAUUUUGUUUUGCGCGCUGCCCAUCCUGGGACUCGGGCAGGUGAAGCUCCAGAAACCGGGGACUUGGUGUUUUAUAGACUGGCAGAACAACAAAACAUCAGUCGCGGCUUUUAACUUGAUGUACGCGGGGGUGAAUUCAGUCAUCGUGCUGGCCACUGUCAUGUGCAACGUGAUGGUGUGCGGGGCUCUCAUCCUGAUGCACAAGCGCUUCAUCCGCCGCACGUCCUUGGGCACGGACCAGCGGCGCAUCGCCGAGCUCAGGCGCAGACGGAGUUUCGGACGAUUAGCUGGAGCAGAGAUCCAGAUGGUGAUCCUGCUUAUUGCUACCUCAGCUGUGGUUCUCAUAUGCUCCAUACCUUUAGUGUGGAGGAUUUUUGCUAAUCAGCUGAACAUAAACCAGUCAGACAAGCCUUUCGACCUGCUGGCCAUCCGCAUGGCCUCCGUCAACCCCAUCUUGGACCCUUGGAUCUACAUCCUGCUCAGAAAGACAGUAGUCCUCAAGCUGAUGGAGAAAAUCAAGUGUCUGUUCUGCAAAAUGGGCGGGCGGGGCCGGAGGAACGGUGGGCAGUUCCGCUGUGCAGAGGGGCGCUUCUCCUCCUCAAUCGUCUCUCGAGACUCUCCAUCACUGGAGUCACGUGAGUUGCGGGAAAUGGUGAGCACCUCACAGACCUUCCUGUACCCGUCUGAGGGGAACACCAGGAGCUCAUUUCAAGCUGGGAUGCAGGGCGGCACCAGUCCGCCAGCUGCACAGACGCUACAGGGCCCUCGGGAGGUGGAGGCGCCUCAGAGGGGAGUUUCACAAAGUGAUUUAGAGGACAGGACUCUGAAAGAGCUUCCAAUGUGCCCCAAGGACCCGGCUCUAUAUGUGACCUUCACGGACGAGACUGCAAACACUCAGGAGAAAUGCAUAUAGCAUGAUCUCCAAAUGACAGUAAUGUCUCGGGACAGAAGACAGGAGCUAAAAUGAGCACUGCGAAGACAUGACAAUAAUGGAAAAGCUUCUGUAGACUGAAUCCAUCAAUCUGUAGAUAACCUGCCGUUUAACAGUUGUAUUACUGAAUUAAAUAGCCUUUAUCAAUGUAUUACUCCUCAGUCAGAAAUUACAAACACCGUAUCACCUUCACAAGUAAUAUUAACAAAAUCAUACAGAACAACACGACGUUAUCGAGGAGCUCUUUUCUUGCACUUUUUUUUAAUUGUAAAACCACUGCAAGGCUGUUUUGAACAACCUGCACAAUGACUGUUAAAAAAAAAAAAUCAAUGUAAAAUGUGAAAAGUGUUCCAUGAUGCUAAUUUAUUUAUAAGUAUGAAAUUGUACGUUAUUGUCUUCUCCGUGAGAAGGUCCAGAUAGUUUGGAGCCAUUUUAAAUCGGUACAAGAUGAAUAUGUUUUUUUUUUUUCUUCUUCUUUUGGUGCGUAGGAACAUUUGCAAAUGAUUUGGUCAAACUGGUUGGCAGAGCAGCAGUGCUGACUUCAAAGCUAGAAUCAUACCAUCCCCUGCAUUUCAUAACAAAAGGCAGCUAUACUGUGGCUUUCCCACAAUACUGACAGACACUGGAGGAUGUUCGGAGACCUCCUAAAAUAAUGUGUUAACAUAAAAUUGUUAAUUUACUCCUUCUAGCCCAUCACUUUGCAAAGAUUCAUUUUACUUUACCUUAAUGUAAUGUGCAAUUCCCCCCAUCUAAUCAGACCUUAAAGGAGCGAUUAGGAAGGGGAAUCAAAACUGAAGAAAUUAUCAAUAUUCCUGUUUGAGUAUUAAGGUUUUUGCCUUUCCCUACAUUACGUUUCCUGGUAGCAUUAUCGCUAUUGUUGCUAUAAACUGACAGAAAUCAAUGCCAUGCUCAUAUUUCAACGUUACAGUUUUUGUUGUAGCAACAGCCAGCGUUAAAUUCACCACAAAAUGUUGACUCUCGUGAAACCUUGUACCAAACUCAUAAAUAAACCCAAAAUAAAAGUUGGAAAAUAUUCACAAUA